UUGGAAAAGUAUAAAUCUCAAUCGAAAGUCAAUGAGUAGUUACUGAACUUGAAUAUAGCUAAGUAUGAAGCUCACGAUCCUGUAUUUUUCAACAGUAUUGAUCGCGUUUCAUCCGGUGAUAGCGUCUCAUUCGCUGUCUUUAGCUGCAUGUCAGAUUAUGAGCUAUGUCAAAGACAUUAUGGAAACCGACCCCGAUGAUUACAAAAAUGCGACAAUUCUAUCAGGAGUGGACAAAUAUCACAAACUAAUAGUAUUGCAAAAAACAAAAACGGACUUAAAACCUCACUUACGGCGUCUGUCAAAUCUCAUUAUAGGCAACAUCCGUGAAAUAUCGACAUUGAGAACAAAUACAACGAAAUAUAUCGCUAAAAUGAUGUACGAUAUUGAUACCUUCCGCUAUUCGUUUAAGAAAUCAAUAGCAAAUGAAAAUAAUCCGAAGAAAAAAUUGUCAAAACAAAUUCAAAUCUUAGAACAUAAAUUAUUAUACCCGUUUCAUCGCAAAUGUAUGGCAUCAUCGGAUCCCCGCGACCUAACGGAAGCGCUCAUUGGCGUAGGGAAAGCCUUCAUCGAAUUUCGACAAGAAAAUUGGGCAGAAGUACCUCCACAAAUGAGCUGGAAUAAAGACGUAAAUGAUGAAGAACCGUUGCUGAAAUUAGAUAUUGAUCGCGAGUGUAACGAAUUGCAGAAAAUUCGCAGAUUUUCCUUAAUGGUGCAAGAUGAACUGAAAGAAAUGCCAAGAUCGAAUAAUGGUAUCUCAGAAGAUAACAUGCAAUCGGGAUCCAAUACACCAGACUCAUUCCCCAAAAGUACAACUGUAAAUGUACCACUUUGGCUUCACCAAGCAAAAGACAUUGAAGAAAUUCAACUGGCGUACGUUGAGUGUACAAAACUUCUCCAACAGACCCAUCAUGAGCCAGUGAAAGUACUGAAACAGGCGAUUAAGAAGGGCGGAUUUUCGAUGAACCUUUACUGCAAAUUGUCAGCAGAAAAUCAAAACUUCGCCACUAAAUUAGUAGAAUGUGAAUCGCAAGAGGAUGCCGAAUGUAUAGAAAUGGUACACGAGAUGAGGGAUCUGUCAUAUUACAAAGAAACCACACAAAUUUUCAUGACUGCGACUGAUCCAUAUUUCUCCUAAUCAAUUCAAAUAACUGGACGUAAUGUCGAGGCAUCUAAUUUGAAAACCCUUUGAACGUCCAAAAAAGCACUCGCGAAUAUUUUAAGAAAAAUGAAACAGAGGAUUGCCAAACGAGAGUGUCUUAUAAGUGGAACGUUCAAGUGAAAAUGCAGAACUUUUGAAGGGCUCCUACCUCUAUAUGAAAGUAGAAGGUACCAAUUAAGAAUUGAGAAUGUUUUCAAGAUUUCACUCUUCUCUGCCAUCUCAAAAUACCUACCUCUAAACAUUUGAGGGUGUUUUAGCGACCAUGUUGGUGAUACUACUUUUAAAAUAAAGUAAAAUGUAACUAAUAAAUCAAUUUUUUUAAAUGUUGGACAACAAAAAUUCAGAAAGGGCUUCGAUGUGAGUUGAAAGCAAGACCUUUUUUUUUUUUUUUUUUUGGCAAUUUUAAGCAAAAAGCGAAACUUUGAAAAUUAGGGCAAUGGCAAAAAAGUGAGAAUUUUUGACAAUAAACGAGAAAUUUUGGAAAUUUCGACAAAAGACAAGCCCUCUUGCCAUUUUUGACAGAAAAUGAGACUUUGGAGAAUUUCAGAAAAAGACAGCGUUUUUUGACAAUCUUCGGUAAAAAGCAAGAAUUAAGGUCAAUUUUUGGCAAAAAUCAAAAAAACUUGUUGGCAACUGCGGGCAAAAGAGUGGUACCUACCUAGAGUAAUUUACUGCCAAAACGCGAGCCUUUUCAGCUAACUACAUACAUGUUGGGCAAAGAAUGAGAAUUUUUGGAUUUUUUCGCAGAAAAUAAAACAAUUUUUAAAUACAUUUUUUUGGCAAGGCUCAAGUAAACAA